AUGGAGAGAUCCAACCCCCGACUGGAGAGAUCCAACCCCGACUGGAGAGAUCCAGCCCCCGUAUGGAGAAGUCGAGCCCCCGACUGGAGAAGUCGAGCCCCCGACUGGAGAAAUCCAGCUCCCCACUGGAGAGAUGGAACCCCCCACUGGAGAAAUCGAGCCCCGACUGGAGAGGUCGAGCCCCCGUAUGGAGAGAUCCAGCCCCCGACUGGAGAAGUCGAGCCCCCGUAUGGAGAAGUCGAGCCCCCGACUGGAGAAAUCGAGCCCCCGUAUGAAGAAGUCGAGCCCCCGUAUGGAGAAGUCGAGCCCCCGACUGGAGAGAUCCAGCCCCCGUAUGGAGAAAUCGAGCCCCCGUAUGGAGAAGUCGAGCCCCCCACUGGAGAGAUCCAGCCCCCGAAUGGAGAAAUCGAGCCCCCGACUGGAGAAGUCGAGCCCCCGUAUGGAGAGAUCCAACCCCCGACUGGAGAGAUCCAACCCCCGACUGGAGAGAUCCAGCCCCCGUAUGGAGAAGUCGAGCCCCCGACUGGAGAAGUCGAGCCCCCGACUGGAGAAAUCCAGCUCCCCACUGGAGAGAUGGAACCCCCCACUGGAGAAAUCGAGCCCCCGACUGGAGAAGUCGAGCCCCCGUAUGGAGAAGUCGAGCCCACGACUGGAGAGAUCCAGCCCCCGUAUGGAGAAAUCGAGCCCCCGUAUGGAGAAGUCGAGCCCCCCACUGGAGAGAUCCAGCCCCCGUAUGGAGAAAUCGAGCCCCCGUAUGGAGAAGUCGAGCCCCCGACUGGAGAGAUCCAGCCCCCGUAUGGAGAAGUCGAGCCCCCGACUGGAGAAGUCGAGCCCCCGUAUGGAGAAGUCGAGCCCCCGUAUGGAGAGAUCCAACCCCCGACUGGAGAGAUCCAAACCCCCGACUGGAGAGAUCCAGCCCCGUAG